UCCUCCUCCUCCUCCUCCCCGCGGUGCUUGUAGAGGAGUAUCGUGGAAAGAGCCCUAUCUCUCUGAGGUGAUCUGACACGCCAAGGAAGACUCAUAAAUGAGGGAGCAAAGCAAGAAGUAAAAUAAAAACAAAAGCAUAAAGCUCCCUCUGAAAGACAGGGUGGCCUGCGGGCACGAAGAGGAUAGAUAAAUAAACCCGCUCCUGCGCUGACAAGGAGGAUAGACUAUCCUCUAGCACCGCAAAGAUGGGGAACCGGGGAAUGGAGGAUUUGAUUCCUCUGGUGAACCGCAUGCAGGAUGCCUUCUCGGCCAUCGGGCAGAACGCAAACCUGGACCUGCCGCAGAUCGCCGUGGUGGGCGGCCAGAGCGCGGGGAAGAGCUCGGUUCUGGAGAACUUCGUCGGGAGGGAUUUCCUUCCUCGUGGUUCUGGCAUUGUGACCCGUCGACCUUUGGUUCUUCAGCUGAUGAACUGCCCUACAGAACAUGCAGAGUUCCUCCACUGCAAGGGCAAAAAAUUCACAGAUUUUGAUGAGGUGCGACAAGAGAUUGAGGCGGAGACUGACCGCAUCACGGGAGCCAAUAAGGGCAUCUCUCCCGUGCCCAUCAACCUGCGCGUUUACUCUCCUCAUGUGCUGAACCUGACGCUGGUGGACCUGCCGGGAAUGACCAAGGUGCCGGUCGGAGACCAGCCUGCAGACAUCGAGGCUCAGAUCAGAGACAUGUUACUGCAGUUUGUGACCAAGGAGAACUGCCUCAUGUUGGCCGUUUCCCCGGCCAACUCUGAUCUGGCCAACUCUGACGCUUUAAAAAUUGCCAAAGAGGUCGACCCUCAGGGUAUGAGGACCAUAGGGGUGAUCACCAAGCUGGACUUGAUGGACGAAGGGACAGACGCUAAAGACAUCCUGGAGAACAAGCUGCUUCCCCUGCGCAGGGGUUACAUCGGUGUGGUUAACAGAAGCCAGAAGGACAUCGAUGGAAAGAAGGAUAUUAAUGCUGCUAUUGCUGCUGAGAGGAAGUUCUUCCUCACCCACCCUGCUUACAGACACCUGGCUGAACGCAUGGGCACGCCCUACCUCCAGAAAGUCCUUAAUCAGCAACUGACCAACCACAUCCGGGACACCCUGCCGGGUCUGCGGGCAAAGCUGCAGAGUCAGCUCCUCUCCAUAGAGAAGGAGGUGGAGGAGUACAAGAACUUCAGACCUGAUGAUCCGUCCCGCAAAACAAAGGCUCUCCUUCAAAUGGUGCAGCAGUUUUCAGUGGACUUUGAGAAGUGCAUAGAGGGCUCCGGAGACCAGAUCGACACGGCCGAGCUGUCGGGUGGCGCGAGGAUCAAUCGCAUCUUUCACGAGCGCUUCCCCUUCGAACUGGUCAAGAUGGAGUUUGAUGAGAAAGAACUCCGCAAGGAAAUCAGCUACGCAAUCAAGAACAUUCAUGGAAUCAGGACGGGGUUAUUCACCCCUGACCUGGCCUUUGAGGCCAUAGUGAAAAAGCAGAUCCAAAAGCUGAAGGAGCCCACACUGAAGUGUAUAGAUAUGGUAGUGAGCGAACUCACCUCCACCAUUCGGAAGUGUAGUCACAAGCUGGCCCAGUAUCCCAUGCUGAGAGAAGAGAUGGAGAGAAUCGUCACUCAGCACAUCAGAGACAGAGAAAACCGCACCAAGGGUCAGGUUCUGUUGCUGAUUGAUAUUGAACUGUCCUACAUGAAUACAAACCAUGAAGACUUCAUUGGAUUUGCAAACGCUCAGCAGAGGAUCAAUCAAAUGAACAAGAAGAAGACGGCUGGAAAUCAGGAUGAAAUCAUGCCGGAGAGAGGAGUAAACGAUCGGUACAAGGUGAUCAGGAAGGGCUGGCUAACCAUCAACAACAUCGGCAUCAUGAAGGGAGGAGCCAAAGAGUACUGGUUCGUCCUCACCGCAGAGUCCCUGUCCUGGUACAAAGAUGAUGAGGAGAAGGAGAAGAAGUACAUGCUUCCAGUGGACAACCUGAAGCUGCGGGAUGUGGAGAAGGGCUUCAUGUCCAGCAAGCACAUCUUUGCUCUCUUCAACACUGAGCAGAGAAACGUGUACAAGGACUACCGUCAGCUGGAGCUGGCCUGUGAGAGCCAGGAAGAUGUUGAUGCCUGGAAGGCCUCCUUCCUCAGAGCUGGAGUUUAUCCUGAACGCGUCACCGAGAAGGAAGGAAAGAGUGAAGGCAGCGAUGAAAACGGCUCAGACAACUUCAUGCACAGCAUGGACCCUCAGCUGGAGCGGCAGGUGGAGACGAUCCGCAACCUGGUCGACUCCUACAUGGCGAUUGUCAACAAGACCGUGCGCGACCUGAUCCCGAAGACGGUGAUGCAUCUCAUGAUUAACAACACAAAAGAGUUCAUUAACGCUGAGCUGCUGGCCCAGCUCUACUCAUGCGGUGACCAGAACACUCUGAUGGAGGAGUCUCAGGAGCAGGCGCAGCAUCGCGAUGAGAUGCUCAGGAUGUACCACGCCCUGCGGGAGGCGCUAAGCAUCAUCGGCGACAUCAGCACAACCACAGUGAGCACAUCCAUGCCGCCUCCGGUGGAUGACUCCUGGCUGCAGGUCCAACGCGGUGGAUCCGGAGGAAGGUCUCCAGCAACCAGUCCAACUCCAAAUCGCAGGGCUCCACCGGGCCCACCAGCUCGCCCAGGCUCCCGUGGACCCCCACCGGGACCUCCUCCUGCUGGGGGCCCCCCUGUACCGUCUCGCCCUGGAGCAUCUCCAGAUCCUCACGGCGGGCCACCUCCCACCGUGCCCUCCCGGCCUAACCGCGCGCCCCCCAGUGUGCCAAGUCGGAGACCCCCACCUUCUCCAACACACUAGACCUCAGAGCUCCUUCCUCCCUCCUUCAUUUCCCCUGUCUGGACGAGAGAGAGGCGCUUCGGACAACAGCGCCACCUUCCUCUCAUCUACCGCCUGGUCUGACCCUCCUGUUCCCACCUCUCUGCCCCCCCAUCCCCAUUCGCCCCUCUGCUUUCACGCAGAGAAGCAGAAUACUUGAAAGCAUGACUUACAUACAACUUUGUUCCUCACAGUUUAAUCGCAGAGACCAUGAAAUGAUUAUAUUAGACAACUGAGUCAACAUAUUGUGUAUCCACGCAAGUUCAAAGCAGAAUGCUUCCCCUCUUCUUAUAUCAAGAGGGGUAAACAUUUGCAAGUUUAGCAUGAAUCUAUGCCUGAGCUUUUCUAAAGCGUCGUCUCAGUUUUAACAUUUGAUCAUUUACUUUUAUCAGGAUUUGUUUGCUCAUCUUUAUUUUGAGGAACAGAAUGAUGUAAACCAGAACCUUUAUUCAGGGUGGGCCAUUUCAUACAACACCCCCAAAUACCAUUCUUCUUUCUCUCUCUCUCUUCUUUAAGCUAAUCCAUGCUUUCCCACCGUCCAAAUCUAUAAAACAGCAGCACCGCUCAGGUGAGGCAGACGUGGAUGACAUCUGUAUUCUUCGAUUUGAAAAACCUGAAUGGACAAAAGUCUCCUUCGUUUUUCCUUUUUAUCCUCUCCAUCCCCCUCCUCUGCUGUAAAGCAGAAGUCAGAAUCACGUAGCGGAUCGUCUUAUUUUGCCAGUCGCAGACUUUAGAAAGUCUCACUGUUGCUGUUCUUACAAAGCUUUGUCACAUCCUCUUCUUAAACUGCUGCACUCUCAAACAACCUAUGCAAAAGAGAAAAGUGGUUUCUCAGUCUUCUCAUGGCGAAAAGAUGCAUCUAAUGUAGUUUAUUCCCCCUUUUUGUUCCUCUGCUUAUCAAGACAUUAUUAUUACUUUCAAAAAUAAUGAGGAUAUUUAAUAUGAAUAAGAAUACAUCAUAAAUUCAGGAAACGUAAUUAUGUUUGCUCAGGGUAGAGAACAAUGUUGUUGUUUUUUUUGUCAAAGUAAUUAAUGCAUAAUUACUGCGCUUUCAAAUGUUCUUUCAAAAAUGAAAGAUUGUAAUCCUGUUACAGAACUCAAAUAAAUCUAAUUAACACAUUUAUUGCAGUCUAAAGAAAUAUAUGCUUAAUUUUGUAGAGGAACUUUUUCAACUUUCUUUUAACACUCUUCCACAAAAGGGCAGAUUUGCAAAGUUUAUUGCAGGGUAAGAGAUUUAAUUAAGGAGUAUAAAACUGAAGUGGGCCACAUUCCAAUUUUUCAAAACCAUUUUUCCUUUCCACUAGUGAAUCGUAUUUUUUUUAUUCACUAAAGCAAACUGAAGGUUGCGAUUGUAUUGCAGCAACAUGUGAGAAAGGUUCAAGAGGUCUGAAUGCUUUUGCAGCAGCACCGCUCCUAAAACUGAACAAAAUGAAACCAGAGAAGGAGACUUUGUGACCCGAGUUGUUUCUUUAGACUGUUAACUCUUCAUGUAGAGUGUAAUACAAGAUGGUGGUCUAGUAACUCAGGUUAGUCAGGUUUGAGCAAUGUUAAAUUAAGCAGGUAAAAAAAAAAAAUAUAUAUAUAUAUAUAUAUAUAAAUUGCAUUUUAAGUUGCUGAUCUGCCAUUUCUUCUUUUCCUCUUUUCUCCUGCUCCAUUUUCUCUCAGUGGUCACGGGGGUGAGUGAGAACAUGAACAGUCCCAGUCUAUGCAUAAAGUACCACUGCUUGUGUUCAGUUGUCACAUUACUGAGCAGAAACCACCUUUUAAUCCCUUUGUUUUUUUGCCACUGAGCUCUGCUGUCAGUGUUAUGUGUUGUAUUUUGACCCCAAACACAAACAGCCCACUAGCCUUACCUUACACACAUCUUUACCCUGUGAUCAUUACGAGAAAAAAAAUCACCUACUUGUGCAUCUCUGAUCUCAACAUCUGCAAAGCAAACAUGAAGUCAUAUCUGAUUUAAAAGUAAUUAGUUUAUUAAUGUGUUAUGUAUUCGUGUGGUGCAUUUUACUAGAUAUGUUCUCUCUUCUGUUUAGAUAAUUUAGUCUACAUUGUAUGCAACAUCAGAAUAUUUAAACCAUGAGUAAAUGAGCAUAACAGAAUACUUGAAAAAUAAUAAUAAUAAAAAAAACUGUGCUGUAAAUGGAUGCUGGCAGGUUGUUUGAUACUUUUGUUUGCAUCAGGGAGGGUGUAUUUGUGUUUUCUCUCUGAAUUUAUAAAAAGUGAAACAGAAGGACGGUGUGUGUAAACUGGCUGGUGACAAGUCCUGCUGCUUGUAUCAGCUGAUGUAAAAGAAACUGUAAGAUUAUCCUGGAGGACUGCUGUACUCUCAACUACAUAUUAAAAGACCUCUAUGUGC